AUGAAAAAAUUUGUUAAAGCGGUGGUUGAUAUUUUCUCCAAUGAAUACUUGAGGUCUCCAAACAAUGAAGACAUUGCUAGACUUUUAGUCAAUGGGGAAAGACGUGGAUUUCCAAGGAUUCUAGGAAGCAUUGAUUGCAUUCAUUGGAAAUGGAAAAAUUGUCCGACUGCAUGGAAAUGUCAGUACUCUGGUCACAUUCGUGAGCCAACCAUUGUUUUGGAAGCAGUGGCAUCAUUUGAUCUUUGGAUAUGGCAUGCAUUUUUUGGGUUACCUGGGUCAAAUAAUGACAUUAAUGUAUUAGAACGGUCUCCUAUAUUUUCUAAGCUCGAACAAGGACGUGCUCCUGCAGUUAAUUACUCAAUCAAUGGCCAUGAGUAUACAAAGGGAUACUACCUUGCCGAUGGCAUAUAUCCGAAGUGGUCAACAUUUGUUAAAACAAUUCCAUCUCCACGAGGACAUAAGAAAAAAUUAUUUGCAAAAGUUCAAGAGGCGAAUAGAAAGGAUGUAGAGCCUGCAUUUGGAGUGCUUCAAGCAAGAUUCGCAAUUGUGCGUGGGCCUGCAAGAUUUUUCUAUAGUGAAAUGCUCCAAGACAUCAUGAAAGCAUGCGUAAUUCUUCAUAACAUGAUCAUUGAGGAUGAGCGAGAUGUAAAUGAAGCGGUGGAAGUAGAUUAUGAGCAAAUUGAUGACAAUCCUACUAUACAACUGUCACAGGAGAACACAAAUGAAUUUACGGAGUUCAUUGAAACCCAUCAAUGUAUUCGAGACCAUAAAAUUCAUUCUCAACUCCAAUUAGACCUCAUUGAACAUUUAUGGCAAUUACAAGGGGAGUUGUAA